AACAUAUACGUUUUUGUUAACGUCUCCAUUCAUAGGGGCGGGGUCAAGAGGAGGCGUGCAGGAGUUGCCGUGGCAACCAUAACCUAACGUAACGUGCGUUCAUUUAAAAAGACCCCAGCCCGAGUUUUCACCGGGGUCCUGUUUAGGUAGCAGGUGUUAACUGAGAGAAUGUCCGUUAUCUGCAGUUAAACUCAAAUAGUUUUCCCAUAGAGAAGCGAUUCCCUAUUUUUCUGUAAAAAGAAGAUGGAUUUGGAAAAGUCUGUGACUGAACGCUCGACUUCUAGUCGCCGUGAAAAAAGUUUGGGGCUACUCACGAUGAAGUUUGUCAGUCUACUUCAAGAAGCUAAGGAUGGCGUUCUUGACUUAAAAGUGGCUGCACACAGCUUGGCAGUGAAGCAGAAGAGGAGGAUUUAUGACAUCACCAACGUCCUGGAAGGUGUUGGGCUAAUUGAAAAGAAAAACAAGAACAUCAUCCAGUGGAAGGGUAAGAACAGAGGGAGCCAAAGUGAGGAGGUGUUGGAGCAGAUUAGAGUUUUAAAAGCCCAAAUCUCUGAGCUCGAGGUUCAAGAGAAGGAGCUGGAUGACCAGAAGGCCUGGGUGGAGGAGAACAUCGAACAACUCAACCAUGAUCCAGACAUCCAUGCAUACAGAUUUGUGACGCAUGAAGACAUUUGUGAUUCUUUUAGUGGAGACACCCUUCUGGCUGUUGUUGCUCCUUCUGGAACCCAGCUGGAGGUGCCUCUUCCUGAGAUGGUUCAAAGUGGCCAAAAGAAAUACCAAGUGAACAUGCGCAGCCACUCAGCUCCCAUCCAAGUGAUGCUCAUCAACAGGGAUUCCAACUCCAGCAUGCCUGUGGUCUUUCCUAUACCACCCACUGAUGGUAUAUGUCUGAUGCCAACUCCUCCCAGUGCGCCUGUCAGCCUGCAGAAGUACCCCCUCCUAAACGGUGCUGCAACUACAUCCAACACCUCGUCCUCCUGCUGCAGCCAGGAUUCUAUCUCCUCAGACCAGCAGAUGGCGCUGCCAGACAACGAUAAAGAGCUAACUUCAUCCUCCGCCACGGGUGAUGUGCAGAUGGAGUGUCAGAGUGAAUCAGUGGCAGCAGUAGUGUUGGAUCAGCAGCAAAUAGACGUGGAGGACCCAGAGUACCAGGCUGAUCUGGAUAUUGGCCACCUGCUAAGAUUAAGCACUGGCGGCAGCAUGAGAAACAACAGAGAUGGUGAGGCUCAUAAUAUGGGAACUCCUCUAAUAAAUAUUAAAGGAGCUGUUGACCUUAUUGAUGACCUAAUGUCUGCUAAUGGUAUAGACUACAGCUUCAAUCUGGAUGACGGUGCAGGAGUGUGUGACCUGUUUGAUAUGCAGAUCCUCAAUUACUGAUCUCUGAUGGUUUCUCAGCAUCCUGUCUACACUCUGUUGCCCUCUUUAUAAAAAACACCUCCAAGAAUUAUUUCCUGUUUUGUUAGUAUUGCACAGCUGCUACUUCGUGUGCCAUUAUUGCCUUUAAAAAACAUAUCUGGUCAUCUUUACUGUCCAACUGUACACCCAACACACUACAGUGAACUUCUGACAAUAGAACAAUUGCCUAAAUGCAUUUAUUUUAUGCAACUGCAUGUUGGGUUUUUUUGCAGUUUAUUUUUUUACAAUAAUUUGUAUUCAUUCAGAGCGGAUUUAGUUUACUUUUUGUGUUUCAACCAAGGUUGAGUAUAUUUUGAGAAUGUACCCUCUUUUUUUAUAUGUCAAAUUGACCACUUCUGUCACAGUUCUGUUUCUUAAAAAUGUGGCAUGCAGAGAAUGAAGGUGUUGGCUUAUUUGUUUUGCUGUAUCAUUAAAAAAGCCAGAAUGUUUUCUGUUGUUUGUUACAGACACUGCCUUUUGGUCAUAUCACAAUUGCAUAUUAAAAUAAUUAAUUUUAUACGUAAUUUAAUUAUAUAAGGCUCAAUUGUUCUGAUAUUUUUUUGCUGAAACUAGUUUAAAUGUCUUUAUUUAAAUAACUGAGUUUGCCAUCUUUCUAAAUUGAUGAGUCAAAACCUGAAGAGUAAUUUCUGUGUUUUCUUUAAACUAAGUAAUGUAUUGUUUGCACUUUCUAUUUUUUUUAUUAAACUGGUUUUCCCCUACUACAAUCUUUCUGUCCCUGGCAAAAAAAGCAGUCAGUAUGGUGAUGUCAGGGGUCGGUUUGCUCCCAAACAGUUGGAAAAAUGGAUAUUCCCUUACUUCACUUUUGGCUUAAUUAAUUUGAACUUUUAAGAUGUAUUUGCUUCAGACAGGUGUUUUCCAUA